AAAGUCAAUGGCAGACAAUUUGCUUUCGACGUGUCUGCUUAUGUGUAACAAGACCCGGUGGAAUUAAGUAGAUUUACGCUUUAUUCUUGACCUCUCUUGUCUUGACAAUCUCUUAUCUACACUCAAGGAUCAACUUCCACUUGUUUCCUCCGUGUUCAGCAUCUUCCAGGAGCGCUUGGGGCUUUCGAAAGGAUCUAAAGGAUAUAUUCUCCCCCGGACACAAUGAGGUGUUGCAUAUGGCUCCUGGUGGCCACAGUUCUGUGCCAGCAACUUACGGUCUUUCGAGUCCUGGCAUCUAAGAAAGAACGCAAGAAGGCAAAGGAGUCUCAGCAGUUCACUGAGCCUUUUAACGUCACUUUGUCCAACAGCGAGGAGUUUGAUGAUUUUGAGAAGAUCUCUGAGACUCCCGAUCCGGAAAUUACAGAUCCUCGUAAAACCUGGAUCAGGUUUAUACACCGGACCGAAGAAGGGGCGAACGCCAAAAAGAAAUGCAAAGGGAAGGACAAAAAAUUACGUGGCCCCUUGGGGCUUCCAGGCCCACCGGGCCCUCAAGGGCCCCCAGGACCCCCUGGAAUGCCAGGAGCUGAGGUUACCCAUGAAGUCUUGCUGCAAGAGUUCAAACAAAUGUUGAAAGAGGCUACAGAGCGUCGUUUAAUGUCUGGGGACCUUCCAGAGCCCCCCAGUGAUAUCCCACCCAUAGUACUACCCAUCGAGGACCUCUCUCCGUACAAACGGGUGGAUGAGGCGUUUCAUUGCAGACUGAAGGGUCCAGUCAUGGUGGACAAGAAGACUUUGGUGGAACUUCAGAACUUCCAGACGCCGGCAUCCAAAGGCUCUUUCUUAAGAGGUUCUGGGCUGAAUCUGGCGACCGGACGCUUCACGGCUUCCAUUCCUGGGAUUUAUCAGUUUUCCGCUCACGUUCACAUAGACCAUAGUGAGAUGAAAAGCAAGGGCCAGCUGCGUCCUCGAGACAACGUGCGAGUCCUGAUAUGCAUCGAGUCCCUGUGUCACAGAUACACGUCCCUGGAAGUCAUUGCUGGCUUGGAAAGUAACAGCAAAAUAUUCACCGUCCAUGUCCAAGGCUUGUUACAGUUGCAGUCUGGACAAUACACAUCUAUAUUUGUGGAUAACAGCGCCGGGGCUCCCAUCAUGGUUCAGAAUGGGUCGGACUUCAUGGGAAUUCUAAUGGGAAUUUAACCGAGCCUCUGGAGAGGACGAGAUACUGUCUCCUCUAGAACACCGUUUAGCGGACCUGCCUUUGGGUGGAAGACGCUUGCCGUGUUGUUCAUCUUCUAGGAUCUGCUGUUUUUCUGACCCGCUUGCUGACGUGACCACGUGGAAAGACCCAACGCAGAUGCCUUUCCUGCUACUGUCUCUGCCGCUUGUAAGCCACGGACUGCCAGAGGCCUGAGAUGCAUUUUAAUUGUAUUAUUAAGCAAUGAAUUGCCGUUCCCCGUUAAUUAUGAUAUUUUAAUAUCUAUAUGAGAGACAAUGUAAAGAAAUUCUAAUGCCUGGGAUGAAGUGCCCUUAUCCUAUACCUUAAUUAAAGUCCAUGAUUUGAGAAGAAGGAACAAGACUGAGGAACUCUUGGACAGCUUAUUAUGUCUUAAUUUGAAAGACUGUAUCAGUGCCUUAGCGUGCCACCUAU